AUGAGUGCUCGAGAUAAAAUUAUAAAGCUUGCUGCUGAAAGGCGGAAACAAAGAGAAGACGGCCGUUCUAGAAAUGAGGCCGCGUCUUCUGCCUCGUCAAAUGUUACGGCCGACCAUGUUGACACUCGUUCUAAGUCAUCAACGCCGAUUCCUCUGUCUCUUGGAAGUGGUGUGAGUAAUGCAUCACUUGCCCCGUUCGCGCGUCAAUUUCACGAAUCGUAUCGAACUGAGGAUUCUAGUAUCUUUCGCCGUCACGAUCAUGUUUCUUACGCGGAACGUUUGCGUGAUUCUACUCGCUUCAACGAUGUUCUCAACAAACCUUCAAGCCUGGAGAAAGUAUUGCCUGAACAACAGCGGCACUUGAACUGGCUUAGCCACCAUGGCAAAGUGACAGAGACUUCCGGCCCGAAGAAGAUCAUCCGUGCUCGGCGGAAGGCAAAGAACCCUAUGUUGGGUGUUGACGAUUCGUAUUUCGAGAAGGCGGGCUGUGAAACUACAGCCAAUCAAAUACUUCAAAAUGAUAAAUUUUAUCCGUCUGAUGAUGUGCCGGCUCUUCAGAUUAAGAAAGUUUCGCAGACGAAAGAAGUGUUCCAUUCGCCCGAUGGUAAAGCAGUAUCUGCUCGUAUCAAUGCCUCUGGGAACGAUGUUGCCGUUUCUAUGCGUUCGUCUCCCAAAACUUCUACGUCUGGCGUGCGACCAACUUCGGACUUGUCCGUUGGAACAUCUGCUGGCUCGAAACCGAUUCACGAAGGCGAAGGACAAUCUACUGCCCCUUCCCAAGCAGUUUUUCCUCCUACUCGAAGGCCGUCGGGUGAUAGUCAAUCUUCUCGUCCCAUUGCUACAGUUGAACCGUUUUCCCCGAGAAACGACCGGGAUAGUCAGUCCACGAAAACUGCUGCAUCCCCGUCGUCUCGCCGAGAUGAAAGGCCACAAAUGUUUUCGCUUUUUCAGGAAUCCCAAUCUUCAUCUGAUAAUUCUGGGCCUCUUUUUUCAACUGACAGUGGGGACGAGCGAACCCCUUCUCAGAAGAAGUCGGACGAUAGAAAAGAGUUGCAAUACUCUAUGUUAGUUAUUGGAAAUCAAAAUGGGAUUGUUUCCGACGAACAAUUAAAGAAGGCUGCUUCUCAAUUAACGCUCCAUAAAAAGCGGAAGAUAAAACCAAAAAGGAACAAAAAAGCGUCCAACGUCUCUUGCCCACCUUCUAGCGAUACCCCUUCCAAUGUUGAUGAUUCUUCUGGCGACAGCUCAUUUGAGGAGCUUAGUUCGCGUCAUCCCAUUCUUUCGGAUGUCACGCAAAGUUCUAACAAUGCGCCCACUACCAAUACUCACAAUACAGGCUCUGUAAGCGCAGCUGACGCCACGAAGUCACCUAAGGAAUAUGAUGCAAAAACUGCUAGGCCCAGCAUCACUCAAAGUCAGAGACGGUUGGAGGAACGGAUGCCAAUGGUAAGCCAGUUUGGUAUCAACACCUCUCAAAGAGACGAUUCUGGCCAACGGAAAAAGAAAGAAAAGAAUCCUCGCGAUGUUGACGAGAAUGAAAACAUCCCCCCUAGAAAAAAGAACGUCCGUCCGAAGGUUGUGCCAAAGAAAAAAACUUUUGUUGACAAAAACAAGCCGUCACGAGCAGAUGGAGCGAAUAAAAAGAGUGACAAACGAAUAAAUGAGCCUGGGCGCCCAGUUAAAACUGCAUCGAAGUCUGUCCACUUUGAAGACAAGCGAGGUCAGAAGGCGCCCUUUUCCGAUGAUCCUCGUCUUCCUCCUCCUCCUGCGAAUGGUGGUACUCGUUCUAGUGCUUCAUCUGCCGGGCCUUCUUUCGCUGAUAUUCCUUCGCCUUUGUCCGAUGACGAGAAUGAUAACGGUGGAAUUGAAAGAAACACGAAUUUAUACGAUGCCGAAGUCGGCGAUGAUGGCCAUCGUGUUAUGAAUUCGUUUUUCAUUCCGGUUCCCAUCGAUGUAUGUCCAAUUGGCGACCCGAAGCAAUUUGACUUUUGUCAGUUUUCUGCUCAUUACGGUCUGGAGUACAUCGUUGAUCGAAGAACGUAUUUCGAUAUUCCUGGCGAUUGUGCGGUGUCCGUUCUGCUGGCCUACAUUUCAACGAAAAAAAAUCCAGCAGCUUUGGUUCGUUACGACUUGCACCUUCUUGCCAACGCUCCUAUAACCAACCAUCUUGGGCCGGUUGUUGUCUUUCCCAUGCGAUUACUGGAGAUAAGAAAAACGGUUUUUGGUCUUUUCUAUGCCUAUUACACAUGCAACCGGCCGUACUGUAGUGGUAAACAGCGAUUUUUUAUCCAUUGCGAGGAUAUCCUUUACGAAGACAAGGACGGCAAAUAUAAAAUUAAAAAGGAGUACUGGAAAGAUUUCUUCUGUUAUGCACGCCCCGAAGCUCCAGCUUGUUACAGGAACUAUGCGUUUUGUGACUCGCCGACAGUUAGCCAUUGCUGCACUCCAUUUGGUUACAUGGACAUCGCCGAAAAAACAUUUGAGGAAUUUAUCCGUGGCGCUGCUGCUGAUGGUGACAAUUUGGUUAAUUCACGCUGCGUGGAAGCUUACGAAAAAGUGGUGAAAGAAAGAUACGGUUCAUGGUCCCCGGCUCAUCCUCGAUCUCAUUACGCAAGAAAGUUGUUCGCCAGAUAUUACAACGAGCGUCGACCUGGUAAGCAGCUCGAGAAUCGAGAUCCCGACCACGAAAUGAUCCCAAGGGCGCUUUCAAAUUUGAGUUUCCAUAUCAAUGGGACUGAAAUAAAAGACCGAUGGGUUCUCUAUCGGGAUGAAUGCUGCCUUAUAGUUGGCAGUAUCUCCCUUUUGAAGCGCAUCCCACAGAAGUCCCUGUUUCGCAUCAUGCUUGACGGAACUUUUACCCCUGGAGGAGGAUUUGCUCAGUUGACGACUGUCCAGGGUUAUGUGUCCAGCUUGACGAAAGGAGAGGAGCUGGAGAUGCUUGGCGCAAUAUACCAAAUCUCCCAGCAUUCCGACCACUACAAACAAGCAUUCGCCAGCUUCUACCGAAUUCUAGCUACCUUGCAUCCCGGCCACAUUUUUCAGGAGUGUAUCAUGCAAUCGGACUCGGAGACCUCGCUCAUUAAAGGCUGGGAGUCAGCAAUGUCGGUCUAUGGUAUUCGGUCUAUCAGUGUAUUAUGCAUAGUGCACAUUAUCAGAGCGAUCUUCCGAUGUCUUAAAUCCAAAUUUCAUCUGCGCCAGGCCUGUACAGAGAUUCGAUUCAUGGUAUUUUUUAUCGCGUCUACAACCAUGAUUCGUCCGGACAUUGUUGUUUCAAUGAUUGUUCAUCUCGCCGCUGUGCUUUUGCCCACUCCAAACUAUGGCAAUAGGAUCAAAUUGUACCUAAUGUCAUUUGUUCGAAAGGUCCUCGUGACCAUUUGGGGAACAAGAUUCAGUUCUUAUCCGCUGCUAAAGUACCGGCUUCUUGGACAGUUUCCAGUAGUACUCUCGACCAAUCCUUCCGAAGUUCUUCACUCUAGCCUUGCGAAUGAGUACCGCAAGUCUUUCUACAGGUCUACUGCUAGUUUCGAUACUGAUUUGAAGCUUCUGCACUCGUUUAUGGAGAGAAAGACUCGAGAAUACUUGAUGGCGCACAACGAGAGAACCAGCCUUUACGACACGACUGUUCACGACGCUUUUAUCGAGAGGAAUCUUCUCUUGUGCGAGCAGGUGCCUGAAAACGGCAAAGUGGAGCCCGAAAUUUUCCAUCAAUUUCUCCUCAACUGCGCCGAUGAAUUUUUGCGAACGUCCAAGAAGACAAUUAAUAAAGAUUUGCGUCAUUUGUUCCGUCGUGCACGUGUAAUGAAUUUACUCAAGAAAAAUUUGGAUAUUCCUCUUCCUCCGAAGUUCGUAGGGGCCGCGAGCGAACAUAUCCAGAACGAGGCGAAUAGACACGAUCCAAGCGUGCAACUCCCUGGCCCAAUCGAGCCCGACUACGACGAGAAAGAAGAAGAAAACGAGUUUCAAGAAGAGAUUAACGACGAAGUUGUGAUUGGUUCUGAGUUUCUUCGUGAUGGUGAUGGCAACGUUCGAAUGCAAAUUAACGAGCCUGUGUUGAAUUUUGAGAUUGACCAAGAUCCUGAAAUGACUGUGCCCAAUGUUACGAUUCCUGCUCAAGAAGAGAUGGCUCGUUCAAUUGCGAGUAAUAUUAACGACUGGAAUCAAAUGUUCUCGUCCCAAACUGAUCAAGAUGCUAGCCGAUAUAAUUUUCGACGGCGCACGAAAAGCCAAUCUCGUCGCGCGAAAAAUAUUGCUGAUGAUCGUACUGAAGCACCUAACACCAGCGGGACGAGCGCCAUACAAAAAAAAGAUCCAAAGGCGAUGGGAACUCCAGCUGUAAACACCACAAACCGAAAUACUCAGCCUGCCAAGACCUCUAAUUCACGCGUCACUACUUCGUCUGAUGGUCCUUCCAAGUUCAAAACUUCCAAAGCACCAAUGCCUGCUUCUACUGGUCCUUCUGAGAAGUCAAAGGAUCAUCAGAAUGUAUCAUCCGAUUCGGUGGAUGAUCCUCGUGUGAAGACUUUGCAGACGCCGAAGUCAAAGACGCGAGAGAAUGCCGACUCUGGGCGAACUGGAAUUUCCCAUCAGAUUGCUAAGCAUGCACAGAUUUCAAAGAAGUCUAAGCAUCAUCAGAAUCUUUCAACUGGUUCGGUGGGCGAUCCUUGCGUCGUCAUUGAAUCGACGAAGAAAUCAAUGACUCAUCCCGCCCCCAUGGAACAUCUUUUUACAAACGAUGCACCUUCAACGAUGCAGAAGGAUCUAGAAUCAUCUGAAUAUCUCCCUGGAUAUGAAUAUUUGAAUCAGUCUCAACUGAGAUUGGAAGAUACGGACCUGGAAUGUUUCGAUGCUGAAGAAGAUAACUUCUCAAUGGGUAAUGCACCACCAUCACCAACGCUUCACGAUCCCGCUGCUGGUAUUUUGCCCUCGAAGAUACCUUUUCUUUCUUCGCCUGCUAGCACUGAUUUACGAAAGCCUUUUGAUCGACAAAAUCCAGAUAAUCAAGGCUUUAAUACCGCGCUUGAAUUGGUCAACAAAUCCGAUCUUGCUUCUCAUGAGUUUAAUCGUCGGAAACGCGAAAAUGCGUCGCUCCGAAAAACCCAGUAUGUGCCCCAGAAGAACGUUCGACUUGAUGAUAUUGUUCCCGGCUCUUAUAGCCUUAAAAUGUCGGAAAUUGAUUGUAUCCGUCAGAUUCGAGACAUCGAGAAGACUUUGCCUACGGAUUCCAAUCAAAAUGAAACUGUGAAAGACGUGAGGGCUGCCCUGAAAUGCCUCGAUAAAGGUCGACCUGAGCCUACAAUGGAACAAUGCUUGGAACGAGAGAGAUUGGAAAGAGAAGCGGCUCAAACUCUUAGAGAUGACGAGAGGGAUAAUAAGAAGAAGCUUGCUGAACACGAACGCCUGGAAAAGAAAAGGAAAGCUCGAGAAGAGAAGGCCGCAAAGGAAGAGGGUGAGGAAAAGCUUGAUCAUUAUAUCAAGAAAAAGAAAGCCAUGGAAGAGUACCUGCGUGAAGGACGUGCCCGUUUGCGUGGUCUGACCGCAGAUGAUGAUGGACAGCGGGAAAACAAAGUCGCUAAUGAUUUUACCGCUGUAUCUCACGAUGAAACAGAAGCUCCAGCUCUUCAAAAUCAGCAAGAAGUUGUUCAGUCGGAAGAAGCAACCAAGAACGGAUCAGGCUCUGGCAAGACUUCUGACAAGUAUGAUCCUUCCCCCGCAAGAACUCGCUCGAAGACGGCGCAUAACCAAGAGCUUCGACAGCUCGAAGGUAUGAAAGAUGAUGAAUCUCCAACUGACAACGCCGGGGCAAACAAUGCUUGCUUAGUUCAGGCGGAAGAAGCAGCCAAGAACGGAUCGGGCGGUGGCAAGAAUCAAAAUUCGACCCCGCGAUCUUCUCUCUCGUCGUUGCCGGCAUAUACUUCUGACAAGUAUGAUCCUUCCCCCGCAAGAACUCGCUCGAAGAAGGCGCAUUACCGAGAUCUUCGACAGAUGGAAGUCGAAUUGGCCACGAACGCUCUUCAGCCGCAGCAGCUUGGUGACAUUUCCCUUGGCAACACCAUCCGCGACGAAAGCGAAUGGAGCAAUGUUUUUGUUGAACGUCGCAACGUGCCCGCGGACUCCAACCUCCCGGAAAGUAUCUUGCAAGAAGGAGAGGCUCAAGCCAACACCUCUGUUGUUUCGACCGCCUCGCCGAAUGCGACCCUUGUCCAAGGGUUAAUGAACUCUACCCAAGUUGGAUCCGAUGGACCUCCACUCUCUCCCGCUGAGAUUUCUUCGAUUGGAAGCGACGAAAUCUCUUCCGUCUUAAAUGGACAGCGAUCUGGUCUUCUCGCCAGUGUUCUUCUGGGCCAGAGUGUCAAUGGACACUCUGCGAUUCACGCUGACGAAUCCAUCGGCUCUCGUUUCACUGUCGACACCCUCACCGUCGUCGGUGAAGUGGAACCUGACACGGCUCAAACAUCUGCCCUGUCUGCCGAUGGUGAUGUCCGCCCUCCUCCACCUGGUUUCCUCCCUCGACCAGUAAACUAUCUUGGUCGAUCUGGCGUUGACUCCAUGGAGCUAACUCCAAACGACGAGCCCACUGCAGAGUUCGAGCUCACUCCUGAGCGCACGCCCUCUCCCGUCAUCAACGAAGUCUCCAAUGUUUCUUCCGCCAUUGGACGCUCCCUCCAAGACGAGUUCGAUGGCUCUAUCGCCACCGACGAAGAAACUAGUUCUGGCGAGUCUACUCUUGUGGAUCCCGACGUGUCCCGGGAUCCUUAUGAAGGGGAGAUGACGCUCGACUCGUCCUCAUCCGAAGAUACCAUGUCCACCGUCAACGGCAGCGAUAUUUCCACCUUAUCCGCCUCUGGACUGGUAUUCGCCGAAGUCGAGGAAAAUCCCCAUGAGGGAGAAUACACCUUGAACUCGUCUAACGACGACCAGACCGACUCCACCAUCAACGACCAAGCCGACUCCGCCAUGGACGACCAAGCCGACUCCACCUUCGACGCUGGCGUCUACAAUGAGUCCGGUUUGGGCGAGCCCCUCACCAACUCCACCAUCGCUGGCCGACCCGGUCAAAACAACUCCACCGUCAGUGGUAUCUCCGCCCUGUUCAACGGAACUGGCUCCACCAACUCCACCGUCGCUGGCCGACCCGGCCAAAACAACUCCACCGUCAGUGGCAUCUCCGCCCUGUUCAACGGAACUGGCUCCACCAACUCCACCGUCGCUGGCCGACCCGGCCAAAACAACUCCACCGUCAGUGGCAUCUCCGCCCUGUUCAACGGAACUGGCUCCACCAACUCCACCGUCGCUGGCCGACCCGGCCAAAACAACUCCACCGUCAGUGGCAUCUCCGCCCUGUUCAACGGAACUGGCUCCACCAACUCCACCGUCGCUGGCCGACCCGGCCAAAACAACUCCACCGUCAGUGGCAUCUCCGCCCUGUUCAACGGAACUGGCUCCACCAACUCCACCGUCGCUGGCCGACCCGGCCAAAACAACUCCACCGUCAGUGGCAUCUCCGCCCUGUUCAACGGAACUGGCUCCGCCAACUCCACCAUCGCUGGCCGACCCGGCCAAAACAACCGUGCUCGCAUGGGUUCGCAGCGCGCCAACUCCACUGUUAGUGGAAUCUCUGGGCUGUUCAACGAGUCCGCAAAUGCAACCGUGGCUGGAACAUCGAAUGCCACGGCUACGAAUGGCGAAGACGCAGGCUUUGUUCCGAUUUCACCCGAUUUCGGAAACUAUUUCGCCCCGGCUUUCGCUUCCGCCAUCCACCACGAUCAUCGCCCAGGCGCCGCUGUGGUCUUCGAGGAUGGUGUUCCGCGUCGUUUCGAUGACCCUUCGAGCAUCGUUAUCAGCCAGCGGGCUCGGCCUCUUGUUCAAGUUGCCGACGGCGCACCGCUGGUUGAGACAGCCAUCGCCGAAUUCUUGAAUGAUUCGGACCAAUACGUUGAAAAUAUUCGACAGUUCCUCGAAGAGGAACAAAACGAAAAUCUCGCCGUUCUCUUGGUUACGAAGGGCCACAAGGCGAUGAACCUGGGCGAGAUGUUCGUCGCCUAUGACGAUGACAUGACUGAAGAAAUGGAAGAUUAA